AUGUCUGUUGCAGCUGAGCACAACAAGGCCGAGUACUCGCCCACGGGCGAGCCGCACGUCGCGCCAGACUACCAGGGCGCGCCCAUGAGCAAGAGCCUGACGCCCGGUGGCCAUCCCAUCAACGACGACCUUAUUGCUGUGGCAUCGUCGCACCGCAAGAUUGCCAACCCGCUGCCGUCGGGCGCCUACGGCUUCGCGACGACGACGCUGCUCCUCUCCUUCUACAACCUGCAUGUCGCGGGCAUCGAGACGCCCAAUGGCGUCCUCACCAUCUCGAUCAUGUUUGGUGGCCUCGCCCAGCUCCUGGCCGGCCUGUGGGAGUUUGCCAGCGGAAACACGUUUGGAGCGACGCUCUUUGUUUCCUACGGCUGCUUCUGGUGGGGUUACAGCAUCAUCCAGAUCCCCUUCUUUGGCCUCACGGGCACGUACGAUGGCCAGCCCAACAUCUAUUCGGCGCAGGGACUAGCUGCAGCUGAGCUUGACAACGCCGUUGGCCUCUUCCUCUGGAUUUGGUUCGGCAUCACGACUGUGUGUGAGUUAUUCACCUUUGCCAUGCUGGCCGCGCACGCAUACACGGGCAAUGCCUCGUUCGAAAAGGCAGGAGGAGGACUGGGCGUCGCGACGGCCUUUGUCGCCUACUAUGUCGGUACCGCCUCAUUCCUCACAAAGAACACCAGCUACUUCACGCUCCCCGUCGGCGAUCUCUCCGUCAAGGACUAA